GAAUUUGAUGACUCAUCCCUUUCUCUCUCUCUAUAAACUCUGACGCGUCCUCACUUCUUCAUUCCUCCCAUUCCCUUCUCUCCUCUGAAUUUUUCUUCUCAUUGAGAUCUCUCUACUUUCUAUCUCAACCUCUCUCUCUCUCUCUCUUGUUAAGGGUUCUGCGGAGGCAGGGGGACUGAUAAGAAAACAAAAAUGGUGAAGAUUUGCUGCAUUGGUGCUGGAUACGUUGGUGGGCCAACCAUGGCAGUUAUUGCCCUCAAAUGCCCUGAGAUCCAGGUAGCCGUGGUGGACAUCGCCGCACCGAGAAUCAAUGCCUGGAACAGCGAGCACCUCCCAAUCUAUGAGCCUGGCCUUGAUGAAGUGGUGAAGGAGUGCAGAGGAAGGAACCUCUUCUUCAGCGUUGAUGUAGAGAAACAUGUAGCCGAGUCCGACAUAGUAUUUGUCUCUGUGAACACCCCGACCAAGACUCAGGGUCUCGGAGCUGGCAAGGCAGCUGAUCUGACUUAUUGGGAGAGUGCGGCUCGGAUGAUUGCCGAUGUAUCAAAAUCAGACAAAAUCGUGGUUGAGAAAUCAACUGUCCCUGUUAAAACAGCUGAGGCAAUUGAGAGGAUUCUAACUCAUAACAGGAAAGGGAUCAACUUCACAAUCCUGUCCAACCCUGAGUUCCUCGCGGAGGGUACAGCUAUUAAAGACCUUUUCAAUCCGGAUCGAGUCCUUAUCGGAGGCAGGGAGACUCCGGAAGGCCAAAAGGCCAUUCAUGCUUUGAGGGAUGUGUAUGCUCAUUGGGUUCCUGUGGAGCGAAUUCUCUGCACCAACUUGUGGUCUGCUGAGCUUUCGAAGCUCGCAGCCAAUGCUUUCUUGGCCCAAAGGAUCUCCUCAGUGAACGCUAUCUCUGCGCUCUGCGAGGCCACCGGCGCAGAUGUCACCCAGGUGUCCCAUGCCAUAGGGACAGACUCUAGAGUUGGACCAAAGUUCCUGAAUGCCAGUGUUGGCUUCGGCGGCUCUUGCUUCCAGAAGGAUAUUCUGAACUUGGUCUAUAUCUGCGAGUGCAACGGCCUUCCGGAGGUAGCGAACUACUGGAAACAGGUGAUCAAGGUUAACGACUACCAGAAAACACGGUUCGUGAACCGAGUUGUUUCCUCGAUGUUCAACACUGUCUCCGGGAAGAAGAUUGCCAUACUAGGCUUUGCCUUCAAGAAGGACACUGGUGACACCAGGGAGACCCCGGCGAUCGAUGUGUGCAAGGGCUUGUUGGGCGACAAGGCAAAGCUGAGCAUAUUUGAUCCGCAGGUAACCGAAGACCAGAUCAUAAGGGAUCUUUCGAUGAAGAAAUUCGACUGGGACCACCCUGCACAUCUCCAACCACUUAGUCCUACCAACAACAAGCAAGUGACUGUGGUUUGGGAUGCGUAUGAAGCAAUUAAGGAUGCACAUGGAAUUUGCAUUCUCACCGAAUGGGACGAGUUCAAGAAGCUUGAUUACAAGAAAGUCUAUGAUAGCAUGCAGAAGCCUGCAUUUGUUUUUGAUGGAAGGAAUGUUGUUGAUGCUAACAAGCUCAGGGAAAUUGGAUUCAUUGUUUAUUCUGUUGGAAAGCCACUAGAUUCAUGGCUCAAGGACAUGCCGGCAGUGGCUUAGAUUGGAUCAUCCUAUUCUUGCAUUUUGGAAGCUGGAAUUUGAAGGGGGGGAUCCUUCAUAGAGAGAAUUCGAUGAUAUAUUAUAUAUGUAGUUUAGAUUUAUGUUUUUCGAUUGUAUUUUCUUUAAUGUUACGUAUGAUAUGAUCAGGUGUUAUAUGCAAUUUGUUAGAGGAGCCUAAUUGCCUAAGAUAUUGUCUUUAGCUAUAGGCAAAAGAAAAAAAAAAUGAUAUUUGUUGAUCUGGUUGAAUGUAAUAAGUUGACUAAUGAGGGAAUUUUAUACAAUGAAUAUCUUUUUUA